AUGAGCACACCACCCCAGAACCCAUUCGCCAGCCCGGCCAACAGCCAACGCGGCCACCACAGAGAACAGGGCUCGUCCAGCUCAACACCAUGGCAGCGCUCGCCGCGACACUCGGGCGACGGCGGCCCCGGCACCUACACGCCGUACACCUACAACAGCGUCGCCCACGGCGCCGCAACGCCAGUCCCGGCCCCCAAGCGCAAGUUCAAGAGCUACCGUCUGCGCGAGGACUACCCCAAGCCGUGGCUCGAGGACAAGGACAUGAAGAAGACGCGAUGGAACAACAUCAUCAUCGGCAGCCUGAUCCUGCUUGGCUUCGCCGGCGCCGGCGUCGUCGCCUUUUUCAUGUCCAAGCCCUACGUGCAAAAGGAUUACUGCCUCAUGUACGAGGACAACUUCCAGACACUCGACAAGAGCGUCUGGACGCACGAGGUGCAGCUCGACGGCUUCGGCAACCACGCCUUUGACUGGACCACGACCGACGAGCGCAACUCGUACGUCGACGGCCAGGGGCUGCACAUUGUGCCGACGCUCACCACCGAGACGACGCCCAUCACCGCCGACGAGCUGUACGCCAACUACACGCUCAGCCUCGACGCCGACAAGUCGUGCACCGGCGCCUUCAACUCGUCGGCGUGCGUGCUGCGCUCCAACCCGGAAAAGGGCACCUUUAUCCCGCCCGUGCGCUCCGCGCGCCUCACGACCAAGGGCACCAAGAGCAUCCGCUACGGCAUGGUCGAGGUCGUCGCCAAGAUGCCAAAGGGCGACUGGCUCUGGCCCGCCAUCUGGAUGAUGCCCGAGAGCGACGUCUACGGCGCGUGGCCGCGCUCCGGCGAGAUUGACAUUGCCGAGUCGCGCGGCAACGGCGCCGACUACAGCGAGGGCGGACGCGACUGGUACUACGGCACGCUGCACUGGGGGCCCACGCCGCAGACCGACACGUACUGGAAGACGACGCUCGCCAAGAAGAUCCGCCGCGGCACCUACUCGGACAAGUUUCACACCUACGGCAUCCAGUGGACGCCCAACUACAUUUACUUUUACAUUGACUCCAAGAUUCACCAGAUUCUGUUUGUCGGGUUCAAGAAGAGCGAGGACCUCUACGACAAGGGCGAGUUUGCCAAGCAAAAGUCGGAAAACGACACGCUGCUCGACAACCCCUGGAGCGUCUCCAACUCGACGACGGGCAACGCGCCGUUUGACCAGUCGUUUUACCUCAUUCUGAACGUGGCCGUGGGCGGCACCAACGGCUUCUUCCUGGACAAUGUCGGGGACAAGCCCUGGGUCAACGGCGCGACCAACGCGCGGUGGUCGUUUUGGGACGCCCGCGACAAGUGGCUGCCGACGUGGGGGGAGGGCGACCAGCGCGGCAUGACGGUGCGCUCGGUCAAGAUGUGGCAGCUCGGUGCCUGUGGCUCGAAGCAGGAGCUGUAG